AUACGUAUAUAAAGGCCGUUGAAGCAAAAGCUUUUACACAAAAGUUGUGGCAAAGCUAGAAGCACUUGAACAAAACAAUGGCAAAUAAACCUGGCAUUCUCACUAACUGUCCAUGGACACGUUUUGGCGACUUCAAGUACUUGGUAUUGGCACCAUUUGCGUGUCACAGCAUAUACACAUUCUUCAUGAGCAAAGAUGAAAGUGAGAGGGACUUGUUCUACAUACUCCUACUCCCAUUAACUCUCUUCAGAAUGGUUCACUACCAGACAUGGAUAUCUUUCUCCCGCUACAGGACUGCAAACGGGAAUAAUCGAAUUCUUGAUAAAAGCAUCGAAUUUGAUCAAGUUGACAGAGAAAGCAACUGGUAGGUACCUUCAUUUUUCACUUUUUGUAGAUACAAGGGAUUUAACAAAACGAAAGGACAAUGCAAAAU